GGUGUUGCGUCGAAUACUGUUUCCCGGUCGAUAUGUGUUUCCCCUCCCUCAACCUGGAUCGACCCUCAUCCCGACCCGUACCGACAGAGGGGGAGUUUUUUACAGAAGAAAAACACUAUUCGAUGAGGGAACACAUUUUAACAUGACACCUGUUCCGGUAUCUGUACAUUUUCGUUGUAGGCUCAAUUAACGAUGUUGAACCGUGAAACAUUAACACUUGAGAUUAGUGCGUGUGCCUGUCAAUGGCCGGCGUGCCGUCCCUUUGCGUGUCGCAGUGUCAUGCACAGCAGUUCAGGAGCUGUCUACAGUCCAAAGGGUCUCUGGAUCUGGGUUCGUCUUUACUGAAAGAGGAGACAGUCCUCUUGCCCAUUUUACCAUCCUGUCUGCCACAACUGGAUCUGCUCUCUCUCACAACCACAGUGGCCUCAGGUGGACCUUGUGAAAUAGUUUGGAGUUGGUCUCACCUGGAGGCAAAGACAAGGAGAGGAAGGACAAGUGGCAAUAAACUAGAGAAAAUCCUCCAGGAGGUGUUGGAAUCUCACGGUGAAAGACGGACGGAGGAGCUAAGGGGGGACCUCCCUCGCAGCUUCCAGAGGCACGGAGACCUUCUCCUGAUGGGAGACAACUGCUUCUCCCUGCCACUAUGGAGGAAGAUGGAUCAACAUGUUUGGAGUGUGGUGGCCAAAGGACUGGGGGCAAAGCGGCUGGCAAAGAUGAGUCGAAUAUCCAGGGAUGGAUUUAGGUCUCCCGUCGUGACGGUGCUAUUAGGAGAGCACAGCUGGGUCAAACAUGUGGACAAGAGGAUUCGUUAUGAGUUUGAUGUCACCCGAUGCAUGUUCUCAGCUGGAAACAUAACGGAGAAGCUCCGGGUGGCUGGAUUUGACUGCAGAGGGGAGACCGUGGUGGAUCUGUAUGCAGGUAUUGGAUACUUCACCCUCCCAUAUCUGGUCCACGCGGGGGCCAGUCGCGUUCACGCCUGUGAGUGGAACCCUGACGCAGUUAAAGCUUUGCAAAAAAACCUUCAGGCAAAAGGGGUGUCGGACCGCUGCACCGCUCACCAAGGAGACAACCGACAACUGCAGCUGUGUGCCGUAGCCGACCGAGUGAACCUGGGCCUCAUACCAAGCUCGGAGGACGGCUGGCCCGUUGCCUGCCGACUGCUCAACAGAACAACUGGAGGCAUUUUGCACAUUCACCAGAACGUCACGUCGGCGUCACCGAUCGCCGCCCACAGGCCUUCUGGGAAGAGAGCUGACAGAGAGGCGUGGCAGGCCUGAGCUGACGACACAGCGAACCACAUCGGCUCUCUUUUAAAGGACAUCACCGGCGCACGGUGGAGAACAAACAACCGGCACGUAGAACAUGUGAAGUCGUAUGCGCCUCAUGUUCACCAUGUUGUGCUGGAUUUGGAGUGCAGACCGAGCUGAGCCGAGGAGAUGAACACAAUGUCUGGAGAAGAAACAGGCAACAAGUUUCCAAAGAUGACAAACUCUACAACAGCUGGUUUCUGUGAUUAUUUUAGUCUGUCAGGUUGUGAAAUCGGGGCUGCACGGUGGUGUAGUGGCUAGCACUGUCGCCUCACAGCAAGAGGGCCGCGGUUUCAAUUCCC